AUGCCCACCUACGGCACGCACACCCCCGAUGUCAAAUACGUGCCCUCGUCUCUCAUGGCCUUCGGUUACAAGGGCGUCAAGCCUGUGCCCGGGGUUCCCAACAUGUACUUGAAAGAUUACCAAGACAAUCUGUUCGAGAUGGACAUCAAAGACGGCGCCGCGGGAGUGAGCAAUUGUAAUUUUCACUGGAACGACUGUGACAUCGCGCCCCGCUUCGGGAACCACGAGGACAGGGUCGCCGAUAAGGAUAUCAAGUACCGCCCGAACGUCGCCAACAUCUGCCCCCGUCCCAAGGACUGGAAGCCGGGCAAGUACCAGAGCAAGGGCGUCGACGGCGUCGACGUCAACUACCCGAGGAUCGACGAGCGCAACAGGAAGUACUGGGGAUCAGCCGGCGGAUCACACGCGAAGACGUUCCCAUCCGACGAGUGA